AUGCAAGAAGAAUGGAAGUACAGCAUCAACCUAACCCAGGCCAUCGACCCACACCCGGUCGCAGGCAACCGGCGCAUCAACAUCACCUACCGCCACUACCGCGACGGCUUCCACCCGCGCAACACCCCGCGCUGCCCCUGUGGCGUGCCCGCCGUACUGCGCGUCGUGACCAAGAAGCGCGAGAACUGGGGGCGGUAUUUCUGGAUGUGCCACGCCGGCAACGUGCACGGGGAUGGUGGCCUCCAAACUCAAGUGAUGUAA